AUGAGUACGUUGGAUUGGGACGAAGUUAAAAGAUUAGCUGCUGAUUUUCAGAAAGCGCAACUAAGUUCUACGUUACAAAAAUUAUCAGAACGAAACUGUGUGGAAAUUAUAACAAAAUUAGUGGAAGAUAAAUUAUUGGAUGUAAUAUUUACUAAUGACGGUAAAGAAUAUGUUACACCUCAGCAUUUGGGAAAAGAAAUCAAAGACGAAUUAUAUGUGCAUGGUGGAAGAAUCAGUUUGGUUGAGUUGGCACAAAUACUUAAUGUAAAUUUAUCUCAAGUAUCUAAAGUGGCAACUGAAAUAGAAAAGUAUAACAAAGGACUGAAAAUAAUACUUGGACAACUCAUUGACAAAACUUAUAUGAACAAAAUUGCUGAAGAAAUUAAUGAUAAAUUGAUGCAUCAUGGAAGUAUUAAUGUUACAGAAUUAACAAUACAAUAUGAUUUACCAGCUGAAUUUUUGCAAUCACUCAUUGAAAAAGAAUUAGGAAAGACAAUAUUUGGUAAACAAGACACACAAGAUUUUAGAGUCUUUUAUACAGAAAGCUUUAUAGCUAGAAAUCGAGCUAAAAUAAGGGGGGCCUUAUCUGCUAUUACAAAGCCUACACCAUUAUCUGUUGUGUUAGGACAGUGUUCUGUUUCAGAAAGAAUAUUUUUCUCAAUUCUAGAUAGUCUGCAAGAAAUGAAACAAAUUCCUGGCGUAGUAGCAGGAAAGCAGGGAACUAAUAGUCUUUAUAUACCAACUAUAUAUUCUAAAAGCCAAAAUGAAUGGGUGAAUAAUUUUUACAAACAAAAUGGUUACUUAGAAUACGAUGCCCUCAGUCGUCUAGGAAUAUCUGACCCACUAAACUUUGUAAAACGUCAUUUCCCAAAUGAAAAUAUAAUAUUUUUAAUCUCUGUUGCUGUCGGUCCAACUAUUAGCGAUCAGGUAUACGCAAAUAUCGAAGAAGCUGUGGCCAGUGGAUCUUUUGUAGAUAUAAGCCCCCUUCUACCUUCUGUAUUUACUGAUGAAGAUAUGGAAAUGCUUCUUAAAUUAGCAGAAAAGAAAUUGAACAACAAUACAUAUGUAUUUGCAAAAACUGUAGUGAUGUCUGACGUAUUUCUACAGUCAUUGUAUAAAUCUUUUGAGACUGUGGCAGAAACAAAAGCUAGAGAAAUAGUUGCUAGUGGUCAAUGGUUUCAGACUAUAGCAGAAAACAAAAUCAAAUCCAAGUCAGCAGAUUUAAUCAUUGAAAAUAAAGGAAAUAAAAAGGAAGAACGUCGAAAGAAAGCAGCAACUGGUAAAGCAGGUGGUGGUAGUCAAGGAAGAGAAACAAAAACAAAAUCUACUAAAAAGAAAUAUUUACAAGGAAAAGUUCGUGACAAUGAUUCUGAUGAUGAACAGUCAAAAAUCACAUCAGGAAAAAUUGAGCUUCAGUUAGUGUCCUUGGAAGAUAUACAGAAUGAAAUUACAAAAGAUGAUAAUUUGGCAGUAAUUGAUGAUUUAAUAGAAGAGUUGGCGGCAUAUUUGCAACCAAAACUAAACAGUCAUGCACUUUCUGUUGCAGACCAAUUAGCACAAAACAAUAAAACUACUAAUUUAAGUGAAAUUGAAGAACGCCUUAAUAUGUUAGUAACAAAUAUUAAAAUAUUUGACAAAGGCAUUAAGCAUAUAGAUAAGGCUGAUCAGCCAGCUUUAACAAAAUAUUUACUAAAAUCCCUUGGUACUAAUUUUAUAACAGAGCUAUUUAAGUUAGCUGCACAGCAAAACAUGUUACAAAUUUCCAAUAAUAUUACUACUGAGACAAGACAAAAGAUGCUGUUUGAUUUACCAGAUGAUGUCAAAGAACCUUUGAGUAAUGUACAUAGAGCUGUUGCAGGAACUUCUAUAGAUGAUUUUUUAAAUGUUGUAGAUGCAGCAAUGGCAUCUUGUUGUUUGGUAUUAAAGAAAUAUGAUAAAAAGAAAGAAAGACCAUUUAUUUUAGGACACAGGGAAGCCUUAUUGGAAGAAUUGAAUACUACACAAGAUCCUGCAUUGGCACUGCAUCUUGUCACAAGUAUACUAUUUAUUGCUGCAACACAGAGUGUUUUAUAUAUGUCUGGAAGACAUGUAUCUACAGUUCUUUCAUUUCUUCAAACUCAUUUACAAUCUUCAACAAUGGCAGUACUAUCUAAGUACCAUGAUUUGGUCUUAAAAAGUUUAACUUCUACAGAUGAAGCAACAAAACUUGAAAUUAAUAAGGACUUGGAAACUACUUUAACAGAAAUUAAAAGUAUUGCAAAUGAGUUUAAACAACACAUAAAAACUGAAAAAUCACAAGAAUGA